AUGGACCGCACGACCAACCAUCUGCAAGACGCGAAGCGCACGGUCGCCGAGAUCGACGAGGUCGCGGUCAGCGUCGACGCCAAUUUGGCGAUCCAGCGCGAGCAUCUGGAGCGGGCGCAGGGCAAUGUUGACGAGACGCGUGCGGACGUGCAGGACGCCAAGAGCCAUCUGCGAAGCCUGGCGCGGAAAGCAUUUUCGAAUUUGAUCCUGCUCUCGAUCAUCAUUCUCGGUCUGGUCGCGGGCAUCGUAAUCAAGGCGCGGCCGAUCGAUGAUCUCGUCAGCUUUUGA